AUGACUGUCAAGUCCCUCGGAAUUCGCGUCUCCAUCGACAGGGGCGGCACCUUUACUGAUGUCCACGCUGCCAUCCCCCAACAGAAAGACAUUAUUCUCAAACUCCUAUCAGUCGACCCGGCAAAUUAUCAAGAUGCCCCGACAGAAGGCAUUCGCCGAAUCUUGGAGCUGGUCACGGACCAGAAACUACCCCGGGGAGAGCCGCUCGACCUCUUUCACUUCGAGUCCAUCCGCAUGGGCACCACCGUUGCUACCAAUGCCUUGUUAGAGCGCAAGGGCGAGAAGGUCGCCCUCCUUACCACUAAGGGCUUCCGGGAUCUCUUGGCCAUUGGCAAUCAGUCCCGGCCAAACAUCUUUGAUUUGUCAGUAUCACGCCCAGAAGUCCUUUUCGACCAAGUCGUUGAGGUGGACGAGCGCGUGACCAUGGAGGAUUACACCGAAGACCCCCAGUCGGCCAAGACGAUUGCGAAUGGCGACGAUGCUCAUCUCGUCACCGCCAUCACAGGCGAGACCAUUCGUCUCCUCCAAGUGCCAGAUUUGGCUGUUGUUCGCUCAAAUUUGCAACAGCUCUGGGAUGACGGCUUCCGCUCCGUGGCCGUCGUCUUCAUUCACUCAUAUGCGUUCCCUGACCAUGAACUCCUGGUCGGCAGGCUGGCCCUCGAGAUGGGAUUCUCUGUCACGUUGUCCUCCGAGGUACAGCCCAUGAUUAAUGUUGUGCCACGAGGUACUUCUGCUGUUGCAGACGCGUAUCUUACACCCAUUAUUAAGCAAUACAUCAAUUCCAUCUCUGCAAAUUUUCGUGGGGGCUUCGAGUCUGCUUCCACCCGUGUCGAGUUUAUGCAGUCGGAUGGUGGCCUCGCCGAUUACCGCAAAUUCAGCGGUCUCAAGGCUAUUCUUUCUGGUCCGGCUGGUGGCGUCGUGGGCUAUGCCCAGACUUCUUGGGACGACGAGGAGAAGUGUCCCAUUAUCGGCUUCGACAUGGGCGGCACUUCUACAGACGUCUCUCGAUAUGCUGGUGUAUACGACCACGUCUUUGAAACCACCACUGCCGGGAUUGCCAUUCAGUCCCCUCAGUUGGACAUCCAUACAGUUGCGGCUGGCGGUGGUUCCAUCCUGACAUGGAAGAAUGGCCUUUUCAAUGUUGGACCCGAGUCCGCCUCUGCGCAUCCCGGACCUGCGUGUUACAGAAAAGGAGGGCCUUUGACCAUCACGGACGCAAACCUGUUUCUCGGCCGCCUCUUGCCAGACUACUUCCCAAAAGUGUUCGGUCCCAAGGAGAACGAGCCCCUCAAUCGAGAAAUCGUGGAGUCCAAGUUCGCCGACCUGACGAGUGAUAUUAAUAAGGAUAGAGAGCUCACUGGCCUGUCUCCAUUUUCACCGCAGGAAGUAGCUCUAGGUUUCCUGAAAGUUGCCAACGAAGGAAUGGCUGGCCCCAUCCGUGCUCUCACAGAGGCUCGUGGCUACGACGCCGCAGAUCACCAUCUUGCGUGCUUUGGCGGUGCCGGGGGACAGCAUGCUUGCUCAGUGGCGGAAGUCCUUGGAAUCUCUCGCAUCAUCAUUCAUAAGUACUCAUCGAUUCUGUCCGCCUAUGGCAUCUCGCUCGCAGAUGUUGUACACGAAGUUCAGCGGCCAGCCGCCAUUACAUACGGAAAAGACACACAAGCCGGUAUCCAGGCACAGUUGGAACUUCUCGCUGAACAAGCCAGACUUGAGCUUCUUAAGCAGGGCUUCUCACCCGACAACAUCAAAUUCGAUGCCUACCUGAGCAUGAGGUAUCAAGGAUCCAGCAGCUCGCUUAUGAUCCUCAAAAGAGACGAUUGGGAUUUCCAGCGUGAGUUUGAAGAGUCUCACCGCCGAGGCUUCGGGUUCCAUUUCCCCGAGAAACCUAUCAUCGUUGAUGAUUUCCGCAUCAGAGCUAUCGGCACCACUGGUUCCAAGCAGGCCAAUACGCCUUUCAGCCAACUCAAAUCUGUGAAUGCCGCAGAGAGCUCUGCCCCUGCCUCCAGCGGAACCAACAGAGUCUUUUUUGAAGGUUUCGGUAGCCUAGACACACGUGUAUACGAACUCCAAUCCCUUCCAGUUGGUGCACGCAUCACUGGGCCAGCCCUCAUCAUUGACAACACCCAGACUAUCCUCGUCACUCCUGAUUCUAUCGCUACCAUCCUAGACAGCUACGUUGUCAUUGACAGAAAGCUCCAAAAACAAGAACGAUCCUCCGACGGUGUAGAAGAGGAAUUCAGCCCCAUCCAACUCACCGUCUUCGGACACAGAUUCAUGUCCAUUGCCGAGCAAAUGGGCCGUACCCUGAAAAAAACGGCCGUAUCAACCAACAUCAAAGAACGUCUAGACUUUUCUUGUGCAAUAUUCAGUCCCGACGGCGGCCUGGUAGCCAAUGCGCCCCAUGUACCCGUCCAUUUGGGCUCCAUGCAGUUCGCGGUACAGUACCAGCACAAGCUAUGGGAGGGAAAGCUGCAAGACGGUGACGUCCUUGUUUCCAACCACCCUUCUUGCGGAGGCACCCAUCUUCCAGACAUAACAGUCAUUACACCCGUCUUUGACGGCGACAACCUUGCAUUCUAUGUUGCUUCCCGUGGCCACCACGCCGAUAUUGGCGGCAUCCUACCGGGCUCCAUGCCACCUACUUCCUCUGCCCUUUGGCAAGAGGGCGCCUCUAUUGAAUCCACGAAACUAGUCAGCGCAGGUCGUUUCAAUGAAGACGAAAUCAAGAGACUAUUACUCGUUGAACCUGCUAAAUACGAGGGCUGCUCUGGAACACGUAGACUGCGAGACAAUCUGUCUGAUCUCAAGGCCCAAAUUGCUGCCAACGCAAAGGGCAUCACACUCAUUAGGGCCCUAAUCUCUGAAUUUGGUCUCGCCUCCGUCCACAGAUAUAUGUACGCCAUUCAGCAUACAGCCGAAGACGCUGUUCGCGGGCUCCUCCGCGACACUCUGGCCAAAUUUGGCCCCGAGCCUCUGACCGCAACCGACUACAUGGACGACGGAACGCCAAUCGCCCUCAAAAUUACCAUCUCACCCUCUGGUUCCGCAACAUUCGAUUUCACCGGGACGGGCCCUCACGUCCUCGGCAACACCAACGCCCCCAAAGCCAUCACGCACUCCGCCAUCAUCUACUGUCUCCGCAGUCUAGUCAAAUCCUCUAUUCCCUUAAACCAAGGCUGCCUCGCACCCAUUCAAAUCAUUAUUCCCGAGGAUUCGAUCCUGAACCCAGGAGCUGGUCUAGCCGUAGUAGGCGGCAACGUCCUCACAUCACAACGCGUGACAGACGUUGUUCUCCGUGCGUUCCGCGCGUGUGCCGCGUCCCAGGGAUGCUGCAACAACCUUACCUUCGGGACGGGGGGCAAAGAUCCCAUUACAGGCGAACAUAAAGAGGGAUUUGGAUACUACGAGACGAUAGCAGGGGGCUCAGGAGCUGGUGCGGACUGGGUAGGACAGAGCGGGGUGCACACGCACAUGACCAAUACGCGAAUUACAGACCCAGAAGUCUUUGAGAAGCGGUAUCCUUGCAUUUUGCGCCGUUUUCAACUAAGAACAGGGUCCGGUGGCCGUGGCAGAAAUAAGGGCGGCGAUGGUACGGUGCGAGAGAUUGAGUUCCGUGUGCCGGUGCAGUGCUCGAUUCUCAGUGAGCGCAGAUCUCGUCGUCCAUAUGGCAUGGACGGUGGUCAAGAUGGCCAAGCCGGUCUGAACUCGGUCCAUGUCAUAGACCAAAUGACUGGAAAGAUGAGGAUAGUUAAUCUUGGCGCCAAGGCUACAACAAAGCUGGGUCCCGGGGAGAGUGUUAUUAUUGAAUCACCGGGCGGUGGCGGUUGGGGUAGUGAGUAG